AUGCGUCCCAUCACUGGUUUAAGCUUUCACGUCAUCAAAGCCAACGGAAUUGCUGGCGAGAGUCAUGUCUUCUACAAGACCAGCACCCCCAUCAUCCAUAUCGGACGGGGAUCCAGUAAGGACGAUGGUAAGACGAAGGAGGCAGAUACGGUCACUUUCGACUGCCCAGUCAUCAGUCGAAAGCAAGCGAAGAUUCUGCUGUCGGAGACAGGUCAUGUCUAUCUCGUUGAUCUGAAGUCCCGUCACGGGACGCAUAUCCUCAAAGUAGGCGAAACUGUCUCCAGCAUUAUCCCUCCAGAGCAACCUACCAUGCUCGAGGAUGGUGACACUGUCACCUUCGGCAAGACUGUCGGACAGGAAAGCAAUACUGUUCGUCCUGUAACAAUCCGUAUCCGACUGCUCCAUAAUCCCGAACCCUCUACCACGGCGGCGCCUGCUACCACCGCUACUACGUCCUCUGAGCUCACCUCGAAGAACAAAGGAAAGGCCCCUAUGAGGUUCAGUGGCCGCUAUGGCGUCUUCCUCCCGUCAUCUUUGUCGUCCUCUUCCUCCGAUUCUUCCUCUGUCCGACGCGACUCCGAUGUCGAAGAGAUCCAUCCUCCGGAGGAGUAUCCCAUUCGUCCCGCUAGUGACGACUCUCUCCUCAGACGCUCAUCCUCUCAUGGACCGAACCUUCCCUCACUCCAGGGCCUUGGUCUUCUCGGACGUAUUCUCCCGCCACUCCACUCUCCCUUGAGCUCCCAGAGUCUACCUCGUCAAAACUCUAUACAUCGCUGGUUCCGCGACCAACUUCCUAAUUUUACCAGCGACAAUGAUGCGGUGGCGGUCGGAGAUGAUGACGAUGAACCGUCCGAUAUGGAGGAGUCGAGGUCGCCCUCUCCUGCUAUCUCCGACGUUGCCGCUGCCGCUGGCGACGAACCAGCCAUGACGGGUGCAAACCCUGAGUCCCCUGAUCUUCUGCCGUCGGAUUGGCCUCGUCUCGAGGACGUGUUUGGGCCAGCGAUGGAAGAAGAGGAUGAGCUUGCCACACCUAACGUGGAUGUCGAGGUGGUGGCAGGGGUGGCCCAAAGGUCCGAUGAAGACAAUGACGAUAUCGAGAUGGAGGUCGAGGAGGAGAACCUCUCUGAACCGUCUGUGGAGGCGGAGUCUCAGUCCUCGGCUGCACCAGUUCCUGAGCCUGAGUCUCAGCCCGAACCCGUCGCGCGCCCUGCCAGCGAGGCUCCUAUCGCCGCCACCACAUCCUCUGUUCCCGCGGGCGGCGAAGACGUCUCGUUGAGAGUGGCUAAGAUUGAUUCUACUUUGGUUGAAAUGCGGUCUAGCGUACUACGAUUGAGCAUCGAUCACCGCCGCACGCAGCAAGACCAGAAGGCGACCUCCGAGCGCUUCGACGGUCUCGACAAACGUCUCGACGAGACUACUACUCUCGCACAGUCCCUCCAGAAGCGCGUCGACGUGGUCUCCGAUAGCUCGACAGAGUUACGUGAGGAAUUGGCCACGAUCACUUCGCGCCUGGACGGGGUGGACAGCGAGCUUGCUCGAUUGAGAGAACAAGCUGAGGUAAGGCAAGCAGAACUUGAUGAACUCCGGGCUCAGCAGGAACAGAAUGUGCCCGCUCCCGUGUUCGUUCCGUCCGUUGAGAUGCUUGAGAGUGCCCUCGCAGGAAGGGAAGAUGUCUGCUCGAGUGUGGACGCUUUGAACGAUUUGGUCCAGGAAAUGAAAGCUCUCCGAGAGUCUGCUGCGGCGAAUAUAGAGAACGAGCUCGAAGGCCUCAAAGCCAUCCGCUCCGACGCUCUCGCCAAGCUGGCCGCUCUGGAAGCUUUAGAGCAGCAGCACAGAGAACAACUGGUACGUACUCAGAUGCCCCAUGACAAGUCAGGCGUUCGGUCGUCUUACACAGCGCAGAGCGUCGCCCUCGCUGCAAUGACAUCUUCGUCUACCCCGUCCCAGUCACAAUCGACGUCGCGCUCGCUCAAGAGGAAGCGUUCGAUUGAAGACGACGAUGACGGCGAAGAGGUUGAGUGCGACGAUGGCGGCGAUAUGAGCCUUGAGAGUACUGAUAGGCGCGUUGCGAAGCGUAUGCGUACGGGGCGCGGGACGGCGAGGAGGAUCGUGUCGGCGGUGGCAAAGACGACGGGGGUGAUGACGGUCGGCGCUAUCGUUACGUGGACUGCGUUGGCUUUCGCCCCCGAAACAUUCUAG